UUAAGCCUUUUAGAGAGCAAGGCGGCAGGUGCAGAAGCGAGGGUCUCGCUGCACCGGGCUGUCCAGCUGAGGACUUCCAGCUGCCUGUGCCCCAGGUUGGCUCCGUGCUCUCUCCCAUGGCCACAGAAAGUGGCGAGGACUUGGCAGGGCCACGACCGGGCAGGCACCUGCCAUCGGGGAGGGGACCCUGUGAUGGUGGCUCCUCUGUGCCUCGGAGGGGACAGCGGGUGGCAGUGGCAACGUGGGCGCGCAGGGCUCUGCCCAGCACCUACCGACGGCUCUUGCCUGAUGGCCUGGAGCCUCAAAGCCAAAGAAAGCCAUCCACAUGCUGUGCUCGGACUGCCCUUUGCAUCUACCUACUGCUGCUGACGGUCGGCCAGGGGCUGCUGGCAUACAAAGUGUUUAAGAUGGAGGAGGAGAUGUUGAAACGUCAAGAAAAUAAUGCAUCAUAUGCAGAAGGGGUGCUGGGAAGAUCCUAUGCCAACAACCUUCUUUUGGAGGGGGACGUGAGACAUGAAGAAAACUGGAGGAGAAGCAUAGAAGAGGAAAUCAUCAUCAUUAAAAACAGCAAUGCAAACUUGGAGACGAUGAUGAGCAACAUCAGCCUGGUUGCAGGGCCUCCUGGACGCAAAGGAGAUCCUGGUCCACCAGGGCUACGGGGACCACCGGGGACUAAGGGAGACCGAGGAAUCCAAGGCUUACAGGGACUGCAGGGCACGAAGGGGAGUAAAGGAGAUCCUGGCCCUGCUGGCCCAAGUGGUGAACCUGGAGUAAGAGGAGAAAAAGGAGAGAUGGGGCUUGCAGGUGUCCAAGGACAAAAAGGUGAAACGGGCAAGAAGGGAGAUCCGGGGCCCCCUGGACCCGUGGGUCCUCAGGGAAAACAGGGAGACCAGGGGCUGCCAGGUUUCAAUGGCAGCGUGGGGGAGCCUGGACGUCCUGGACAGAAAGGAGAGGCAGGCUCAGCUGGAGAACAAGGCCCCCCGGGAGCUGCUGGCCCCAGCGGCAAACCUGGCCAGAAGGGGGAGAAGGGAGACCUCGGGCCCAGGGGUAGUCCAGGAAUGGCAGGCAAUGCGGGUCUCAAAGGUGAAAAGGGAGACAGCGGAUUAGCAGGUAUUCCAGGGCAAAAAGGAACAAAGGGAGACCAGGGCCCACAAGGCAGCCCAGGCCCAAUUGGUCAAAAAGGAAGCAAGGGAGAUCAUGGCAGUUCUGGUCUAAAAGGUGAACGAGGAGUAAAAGGAGAAAAAGGAGACCGCGGACUUACAGGUUCCCCAGGAAUGAAAGGCAGCAAAGGUGAACAGGGAUCAGGUCGCUUCAGCAACUACAUACGAAUCGUGGGUGGUGGCAGGAGGGGUCGCGUGGAAAUCCUUCACAACCAGUCCUGGGGAACGAUAUGUGAUGAUGGCUGGGACAUGCAAAGCGCCUCUGUGGUCUGCAAGAUGCUGGGAUACAGGUCUGCCACCGCUGCCUUCACUGCGGCAGAAGGCACUGGGCAAAUUUGGCUUGAUGACGUGAAUUGCAGUGGGAAUGAAGAGUCAAUUUAUGACUGCGCAAAAUCCAACUGGGGCACACACAACUGCUCCCACAGUGAGGAUGCAGGGGUGGAGUGUAUCUGAUGGGACCCAGGGCUGCCCCAGGAGCCACUGCCUGCCAAAGUGCUCUGCGGGGCUCCUCGUGUCCAUACCGUCAAACCAACUUCUGCAGGCUGCGCUUAUAACAUAUUUACUAAACAUGUUGACAGAGAAAGCUGAAUUUUCGAUGAAUCAAUAACAAUCACAAGACCUACGGAUAACCUGAGACAUCCCAGCUGUCACAAAACAACUGGAGCUCAGACACAUGAGUGAGUUCACAGCUUUGCCAGCUACCCGACAUCAGCCCACCUGUAGGAGCUCACACGCGUGUGCCCUCUCAGUCCGCAGCACAGGAGAGCUGCUCUGCUUGGGCUCAGUGCAGGGAGAGAGAACAGGACAAGCCUGAGGAAAGAAGCAGUUAUUGCAGCUUAGCUGGCCCAGUCCAUCUUCAUCACAGUGCAAUUGUGAACCUGAACCUAAAAGCCCCGGUAAAAUGCAAGUACCCAAGGCAGCAGGUGCUCAGAAAUCAUCAGGUGAUCUAUCUGGAGUGCAAAUACAAAGAUUCUCCAGAGGAGAUGAUGAUCAGAGGUUAAACUGCCACCAUCCAGGUGCCUUACCAUCCUGGUUUAGCACAGACCUGGUGUUUGACCUUGGCCAAGUCCCCUGCCUUCUCUGUCAGCAUUUCCCAUCCUGCCCCCAAGAACAAAACCCUUACCUUAUCUGGUGUGUAAAAGUAAGUGCUUUCAGAUCUUUAGAAAUUAGAUGAUCCACUAAAGUAAAGGGAUGAUGAAUAAAAGCAAUAAUGGGAAAGUACCAGCUAAUUAAACUUUCAGAGUGAAAAUAUGGUCCCAAACCAAAAGCUUCUGCCUUAAAGGGAAGUCUUACACAGGUCUGAGAUAACAGCUGAAAGGCUCCUCUUUAUUCUGUCCUAAAGCUUUUUCAUCAGCACUGGGCAUUUGGCAGGUGACAAGCAGCCUGUGUAUAAAUAGCUGUGCACAUUGCAGCACCCUGCUUGUAGACCUUAUUUUUAAAAUAUCAAAAAUGGGUGUAAGCAACCCCAUAUCUCUGCCUUAAUGUUAGUCAUAACUGCACUUUUUUACACAGUUUCAAAACUCAUUUUUGGUGCUCACAAAUCCAUACAUAACUGGAAAAAAAACAAGCAGUGCUGGUAAGAGCAGCAGACAAUGGGACAUCCAGGGAUGAUGUGAGUGAGGAGACCCAGCACCACGCAGUGCUGUCUGCAACAAUGCUGUUUUGACCUAGAGGAAAUGUUUGGUACAGGGUCUAAGGCCUCAGGAAAGUCUGGAAAAUCCCAGAAGUUUUCCACUAUGCACUCUGGCGCCUUUGACAGCAGAAAAACGAAUAGAGACAGUUAUCAGUCCUGGCUCCAGUUUAGAGGAGGCAAACAGCAUCUGCAACCUACAAUGGAUGAAACCUGACAAAUGACAAAUAUUGCAGAUUUGGUGGAAAUAGACAGUGGCUCAUCUGCAUGAGAAGAGGCAAGAGCUUUCUGUUCUGGUGAGGAGCCUGGUCAGCACUACCAGCACGCUCAGUAUCCACACUUAAGCUAGCAGCUUCUGCAGGCUCUCCCAUGGCACUGCUGAACCUGUGUGGGCUUCUUUUUUUUUUUUUUUUUUUUUUUUUUUUUUUUUUUUUUUGGUGACAGUAUGUAAAUGAAGCAUUGCUACUGUUAGAAAAUAAAGGAUUUAUA